GUUUUUUUUUGCUAGUAUUUAUUUUUUUAAACGGAGAGGUUAAUAAUGAUGUAACAAUACAUGUUCAUAUAUAAAUCCGGCCUUAUCGAACGACGCACGUGUAUUAAAUAAAACGUGAUAUAUAUAGGCACAAAUAUAAAUAUAAAUAUAAAUAUAAAUAUAAAUAGUGUAUGUAAUUUUAUACUCAAUUUAUCAUUUGAAUCAAUGAAGCUUGUUUUAUCUAGAUGUUUAUUUUUGAUAAACAUCAAUAAUGUUCUUAACUCUUCUAUCAAUAUUUAAAUAACAAUCUUAAAUUAUAUUUGUAUAAAUAAAUAUAUUGUUAUUAUGCAUACAUUGUAAGCGGCAAGUAAAUAGACCACCUAGAUGUGAUUUAAUAAUUAUUGUGAUAAAAUAUUGUAAUUACAAAUUAAAAUUGUUGAUUUGUUUUUUGUAUAAAUAGAAAAUUUUAAAAAGGCGGGAAGAAAUAUUUUUGAAUUUUUGUUUUUAUUUAAAAAAUUUUUGGAAAAAAAUGGUCAAGGGAAGUGCAAGUGCUGAAAGUGAAAUGAUAGCUUUAAAUGCUGGUGAAGGUGAUAAUAAAAAUGAUAAAGUUCAAAUGAAGAAACAGCUGGGAUUGCUUGAGGGUGUUGCUAUUAUUUUAGGAAUUAUUUUUGGAUCUGGUAUUUUUAUAUCUCCAAAAGGAGUAAUCGCUGAAACAGGAAGUGUUGGAUUGUCAUUAAUAGUAUGGAUAUUAUGUGGAUUUUUGUCAAUGAUAGGAGCGCUUUGUUAUGCGGAAUUGGGAACAAGUAUUCCUAGAAGUGGUGGAGAUUAUGCUUAUAUUCAUGAAGCUUUUGGUGAACUUCCUUCUUUUUUAUAUUUAUGGGCUGCUAAUUUAAUUUUUGUACCAACAACAAAUGCAAUAAUGGCAUUGACAUUUGCUGAAUAUGUUUUACAGCCAUUUUUUCAAGACUGUGUGAUACCUGAUGCUAGUGUACGACUUUUAGCUGCUUGUACAAUAUGUUUAUUAACUUUUAUAAAUUGUUACGACGUUAAAGAAACAUCAAAAAUGCAAAACAUCAUUAUGUUCGCUAAAAUAAGCGCACUAGUCAUAAUAAUAAUUGCCGGACUAACAUGGUUGUGUUUAGGACACACUGAAAAUUAUGAGGAACCUUUUAAAAGCACAACAGCAGAUCCCGGUAAAAUAGCAAUUGCAUUUUAUUCUGGUAUAUUUUCAUACUCUGGAUGGAAUUAUUUAAAUUUUAUGACUGAAGAAUUGAAAGAUCCUUACAAAAAUUUACCACGUGCCAUUUAUAUUUCACUGCCAUUAGUUACGAUAAUAUACGCGUUGGCGAAUGUUGCGUAUCUUGCGGUGCUUAAUCCUACGGCGAUGAUUGCUUCUCAUGCUAUUGCUGUGACAUUAGCUGAUAAACUCAUGGGUCCAAUGUCUUGGAUAAUGCCAGUAUUGGUAGCAACAUCAGCAUUUGGCGGGUUGAGUGUCCAUAUUAUGACAUCGUCACGUAUGUGCUUUGUUGGAGCUCGUAAUGGACAUUUUCCGGCUAUGUUGAGUCAUAUUAAUAUCAAAAGAUUUUCACCGACACCUGCUUUAGUUUUUUUGUGUAUAUUAUCAUUGAUGAUGCUGUGUACAAGUGAUAUUUUUGUAUUGAUAACGUACUGCAGUAUAGUGGAGUCAUUUUUCAUAAUGAUCUCUGUCGCUGGAAUUUUAUGGCUAAGGUACAAACGUCCGAACAUGCUACGGCCGAUUAAAAUACCAAUCUUAGUACCAAUAGUAUUCGUAAUAAUUUGUUUAUUUCUGGUAAUCGUACCUUGCCUCGAGCGACCCGUUGAAGUUGGCAUGGGUGCACUGAUUACAUUAUCCGGCGUACCGGCUUAUUUUGCUGGAAUUGUGUGGAAGAAUAAACCAACAUGGUUCCUCAAUUUGAAUGAAAAGGCAACCCACUUGGUUCAAAAAUUGUUCAUAUCAGCCAGAGAAGAAAAAGAUGAUUAGAAAAAAUUAGAUAAAUAAAUUAACGAACAAAUUUUGAUUAACUGACAUAUUUUUUAUGCUCACAUAUUUUAACUUAAACUAAUUAAUCAUAAAUCUUUUUUAUUAAUUAACAAUUCGCUUGUCUCACAUUAAAUUUCUUCAGCGAAAAUCUACCAAAAAAUUUAUACAUUUUUUUUUGCUACAAUAUUUAUUAUUAUUAUACAUAACAUUGUAUACAUUUUUUAAAAUACAUAUUUUAGCGUGAA